UUACAUUCGCGUCUUUACUUCAUUCAUAUCCUGACCGGGUUUCUCGGUACGGUCAGUUGUGUAUAUGAAUAGAAUUAUGUACUUAAACUAAUUAUUGUACGGUUAUACUAUCAUCGCUGCGGUUAUUCGUGUUUAUGAAUAGAAUUGUGUCUUUAGAGUGAGGUUAUACUAUCAUUGAGGGAAUAUUUGCUUAGCUCGGAUUUUCCAUUUGACAGUUGAAAGCAGUAUUUCCACGGACUGUUUCGUACGAAUUUGACAUGUACGCCGUACUACGCCGGGUGCGUUAAUCGCUUUUGUGAACAUUCAAGGGCGUCCAAAGACUGGAAUAGAAACUUUCUAAAAAUAGAAGUUGUCUAAAAAUAGAAAUUUUUAUUAAAACUCGCAUAAGUUGUUGUUUUCCCCGUAGUUUAAAUACCAGACACGCACCGCCAUGGAGUUUAUGCAACCCGAAGAAGAGCUGAAACUGAUUGCGGAAUAUAACCGUCGCUUUCCGUACAAGGUAGAGCUACAUGUGCAUCUCGACGGCGCAGUGAGGCCAGAGACAGUUCUUGAGAUCGCCAGAGAACGAGAAAUGACCGAUAAGCUCCCUCAUAAGACGGUGGAGGAACUGAACCGAGAUGUAAUAUUGGUGGAACCGAGCAGUCUGGAGCGGCUGUUGCUGUCGUUUUCUUACUUCAUGCCGAUAAUCACCGGCUGUCGGAAGGCGGUUUCCCGCAUCGCAUACGAGCGAUGCGAGGACGCUGCGAAACACAGCAUCCGGUACAUGGAAAUACGGUACAGUCCCCACUUGUUCGCCAACACCGUCGACAACGGCUACGCAACGGAGAAGGGCGACUUGACGCCUCGCGACGUUGUUCUGGCGGUUAACGAGGCACUGGAACGCGGCAUGAAGGACUUUGGUGUGACCGUGCGGUCUAUACUGUGCUGCAUGACCCACCAACCAGAGUGGGCACCGGAAGUUCUGGCCCUCUGCGAUGAGUUCCGGGACCAGGGUGUGGUCGGUAUUGACCUGGCGGGCAUGGAAUUCGAGCCCGGCACGCCGGCUGAGGAAUGUGCGAUCAAGAAAGUGUUCAAGAAAGCCGAAAAAUGCGGAAUCCACCGGACUGUUCACGCAGGGGAGAGUGGAACAGCGCGCGCAGUAAAGGAGGCUAUCGAUCAUUUCCGGGCGGAGCGGGUGGGGCAUGGGUACCACGCGUACGAUGACAGAGAUGUCUACGAGAAGGUUAUACGCGAGCACAUCCACCUCGAGACUUGCCCUAUCUCAAGUAUCAUGUCCCGAGCCUGCGAGGCGGACCCGCAAAUACAUCCGCUAAAACAAUUUGUCAAGGACGGGGUGAGCUAUUCGAUCAACACCGACGAUCCAGUCGUACUCGGUAACACCCUGACCGACGAUUUCAAGUUCGCAGGCGACAUGGGGCUAACCGACGAGGAAAUCAUCAGAGGGAUUUUCAACGCCGCCCGUUCCUGUUUUGCGUCGUACGACGAAAGGAAGAGAAUAGUCCGCGAGCUAAAACAAGUAUACGGUGACCAUUGACAACGGUGGAACAUAGGCGGAGUUGCGGAAACUUACAUCGGUUCAUGACGUCACAAGUCCAGUUUUUUUUUACGCGGAAUGAACAAAAACCUCACGAUGCAUGACGUCACAAACGUUAACUAAAGUCACAUUGUCAGUCACAUAAAGCCGUGUAUUAUUGGUUAAAAGACAGACUACCGAUGAACAAAAUAACCGAUGGUAUUUCGUGGUUUACAUUAUUAUAUUUCACAGUAUAUCCAAAUAAAUACAUAAAAACAUCGUCUAUAUCUAAAUAAACAACAGUGCUCAGUUGUGUUGCAAUAAAGUUGUGUUGUAGUUAAA